AUGCUGAAAUCCAACAAGCAGUUCUGCAGUAAACUGGGGAAGUACCACAUGCCAUUUGCCUGGUCCAUCAGGUCUGUGUUUAAGGACAAUCAGGGGACGGUGGACCGGGAGUCUCGCUUCUCGCCCCUCUUCAAACAGGAGAGCAACAAGAUCUCCACCGAAGAUCUCAUCAAGCUGGUGUCUGAGUACAGGAGGGCUGAGAAGACCAGUAAACUGCAGACCAUUCCAGGGAACCUGGACAUCACUGUGGACUAUGUCCCUAUGGAGCAUCCAAACUGUGUGACGUCAUCCUACGUGCCCGUCAAGCCCUUCGAGGACUGCAGCCAGCACCAGGCCACCGUGGAGGUGGAGGAGUUUGUCCAGGACUCCACCAAGUUCACCCAGCCACACCGCGUCUACAAGAACCACGUCUACGUCUACCCCCGACACCUCAAAUACGACAGCCAGAAGAGCUUCGCCAAGGCUCGUAACCUUGCAGUCUAUGUGGAGUUUCGGAGUUCGGAUGAGGAAGUUGCCAAACCUUUGAAGUGCAUAUACGGCAAGCCUGGGGGUCCAGUUUACACCACAGCAGCCUGUUCCAUAGUCCUUCACCACUCCCAGAACCCAGACUUCUAUGAUGAGGUGAAGAUUGAGUUGCCCACACAGCUCCACGAGAAGCACCAUCUACUCUUCUCCUUCUACCAUGUGACCUGUGACAUCAACGCCAAGACCAACUCCAAGAAGAAGGAGGCCCUGGAGACCCCAGUGGGCUACUCGUGGCUGCCUCUGCUCAGAGAGGGUCGCCUGGCCUCACAGGAGUUCAACAUCCCUGUGUCCUGUAGCCUGCCCCCUGGAUACCUGCUCGUCAAAGAACCCGGAUCUACUAAGAACGGCUCGGAUCUGAAGUGGGUGGACGGAGGUAAGCCCAUAUUCAAGGUCUCCACCAACGUCCUCUCCACAGUCUACACUCAGGAGCCCCACCUGAAUCGCUUCUUCCAGCAGUGCCAAAAACGAGAGACGGACCUCUCCCAAUCACCUACCUCAAACUUCCUCAACUGCCUGAAGGGCUUACUGAGCAUUGAGAAGAUUCCGGUGAUAAUUCGUUUCCUGCCGGUGCUCUUCAACCAGCUGUUCAAGGUCCUCACCCAGAACGACAACGACGAAGUCACCACCACCACCACCAGGGUGCUGGUCCACAUUGUUGCUAAGUGCCAUGAAGAAAACCUAGACCACUACCUGCACUCCUACAUAAAGUUUGUGUUCAAGGCGGAGUCGCACGGCUUCCGGACGGUCCACGAGGAGCUGGCCAAGGGCAUGACCUCUGACCUGAAGAGCAACGAGCAGCCGGCCGUCAGGAACAUCCUCAGGUUUUCCUGGUUCUUCUUCGAACUCAUUGUCAAGUCCAUGGCCCAGCAUCUAAUGGAUUCAGACAAUGUCAAGCUCCCUCGACCACAGAGGUUCCCUUCAACCUACCUGAGUCGUCUGGAGAGCCUAGUCAUGACCGUGUCCGACCACAUCUUCUGGAAGAACAAGGAGCUGGCAGAGGAGACCCGCAGUGCAAACCUGGCCGUGGCAGCCUUUGUCAAGCGUUGCUUCACCCUCAUGGACCGAGGGUUCACCUUCAAGCUGAUCAGCAACUAUGUCAACAUGAUCACAGCCACUGACAACAAGGUGCUGUGUGAGUUUAAGUUUGAGUUCCUGCGAGAGGUGUGCAACCACGAGCACUACAUCCCUCUCAGUCUGCCCCUCCCCUCCGCUCGCAUCACAGACAACGCAUCACAAGAAACGCAAAGUGCUCAGGUGGAUGUGCCGGAGUACAGCCUGACGGGCGAGUUCUGCCGGAAGCACUUCCUGACGGGCUUGUUGCUACGGGAGCUGGGCCUGGCGUUGCAGGAUGAGCAGGACCUGCGCCACCUGGCCCUCGCCAGCCUCAAGAACCUGAUGGCCAAGCACUCGCUGGACGCCCGCUACGCCAUGAAGGAUAAGCAGGCGAGAAUAGCGUCCCUCUACCUGCCUCUGUACGGCCUCAUCCUGGACAACAUGCCUCGCUUCUUCCUCCGAGACCUCUUCCCCAUCUACUUCACCUCCAGUGACCAAGGUUCAAGAGAUGACCUGAGUGUGGGAGGGGGUGUGGCAGGUCCUGUGGCUCACGUCAUUCGCCAUGGUAACUCGGUGGAUGCCUCCUUCUCUAAAGAAGUGCUCAACUCCAUCACAGCCUUCUCCUCCCUGGCUGUUUCCACCGGUAACCAUGCCGACUCGCGGGGUUCUCUGAUUAGCAUAGAGUCCAACCCCAGCGACAGGAACAGCGAGAAGAUGGACGGAUGUGAAAAGUUUGCCCGGCCUCAGUCUCUGAUAGGCUUUGGAUCUCGCUUUGACAAGCUGGACCAGGCCGAGACGCGCAGUCUGCUCAUGUGUUUCCUCCACAUCAUGAAGACCAUAUCUGAGGAGGUGAUGGUUUCCUACUGGCACCGAGCCAUACACCAGGAGAUCUCCGACUUCUUCAACAUCCUGGAGCUGUGUCUCCAGCACUUCAGAUUCCUGGGGAAGCGCCACAUAGCCAGGAAGCUAGCAGCCGCGGUAAAGCUGGCCCAGGCCACCCAGAACAAUGGCACCCUGAAGGGCUCUAACCAUUCCACCCAGUCCUCCUCAGGCCUGCUCCCUCAAUGGAUGAUGUCAGGACAGGACGGCCAUCGGCACGCACGCUCCCAGACCAUGCCCAUCAUCCGGGCCAAGAACGCCCUGACCAACCCCAAGCUGCUGCAGAUGAUGGAGACAGAUGGGAACAUCCCAGAGGGUGACCACCUGAGCCCGACGGACAUCGAGGCCAAUCUGUCCACCGAGGUGGCCCUCAUCGUACUGGAUGUUCUGGGCCUCUUUGUCCAUCACCACAAGAAACAGUUGCUGCAGGACGAGGGUCAGAACCUGCUGAUGAAGAAGGUGUUCGACACCUACCUCCUGUUCUUCCAGAUCAAUCAGUCCACCAGCACCCUGAGACACGUCUUUGCUGCCCUGCGCCUCUUCAUACAGAAGUUCCCCUCUGCGUUCUUCCAGGGUAAAGCGGACCUGUGUGGCUGCCUGUGCUACGAGAUCCUGAAGUGUUGUAACCACCGCUCCAGCUCCACCCAGACUGAGGCCUCCGCACUCCUCUACUUCUUCAUGAGGAAAAACUUUGAGUUCACCAAGGGGAAGUCCAUCGUCCGCUCCCACCUACAGUUGAUCAAGGCAGUGAGUCAGCUGAUAGCGGAUGCUGGCAUCGGGGGCUCACGCUUCCAACAGUCGUUGGCCAUCAUCAAUAACUUUGCCAACGGAGAUGCUCCUCUCAAGAACACACCGUUCCCUGCCGAGGUGAAAGACUUGACCAAGCGGAUCCGCACGGUGUUGAUGGCCACGUCCCAGAUGAAGGAGCACGAGAAGGACCCGGAGAUGCUGGUGGACCUGCAGUACAGCCUGGCCAACUCCUAUGCCAGCACGCCUGAGCUCCGGCGCACCUGGCUGGAGAGCAUGGCCAAGAUACACGUCCGCAACGGAGACCUCUCCGAGGCGGCCAUGUGUUACAUCCACAUCUCCGCCCUGAUCGCUGAGUCCCUCAAGAGGAGAGGCUACUGGAAACCUGACAAGGCCAGGAUGUCAAGUGUGGUUCCUGAGGAGCCCAAUGUCAAUAACUGUAGCCCCUUACUAACCCCCCGAGAUGGAGAAACGUCGUUCUCCAUGGGCUGGGCGGCCUUCCUGUGCAUCUCACCGAACGUGAAGGAAGAGGGGGCCAUGAAAGAGGACACAGGGACUCAAGAUACCCCCUACACCGAGGAUACUCUAGUGGAGCAGCUGGAGCUGUGUGUGGACUACCUGUGGAAGUCUGAGAGGCACGAGCUCAUCGCCGAUAUCAACAAGCCCGUCAUUGCCGUCUUUGAGAAGAGACGAGAUUUCAAGAGGCUAUCGGAGCUGUACUACGACAUCCACCGCUCCUACCUGAAGGUGACAGAGGUCGUGAACUCUGAGAAGCGUCUUUUUGGCCGAUACUACCGCGUGGCGUUCUAUGGACUGGGUUUCUUUGAGGAGGAGGAGAGUAAAGAGUUCAUCUAUAAGGAGCCCAAGCUGACAGGGCUGUCCGAGAUCUCCCAGAGGCUCCUCAAACUCUACUCGGACAAGUUUGGGGCCGACAACGUCAAGAUGAUCCAGGACUCCAACAAGGUAAACCCUAAAGACCUGGACCCCAAGUACGCCUACAUCCAGGUGACCUACGUAGUGCCCUACUUUGACGACAAGGAGCAGCAGGAGAAGAAGACGGACUUCGAGCGACAUCACAACAUCAAUCGCUUUGUGUUCGAGACGCCGUUCACUCUGUUGGGGAAGAAACAUGGCGACGUGGAGGAGCAGUGCAAGAGACGUACCAUACUAACCACGAACUCCACCUUCCCCUACCUGAAAAAGCGUAUCCAGGUGGUGGAGCAGCAGAGCACGGAGAUGAACCCCAUCGAGGUGGCCAUCGACGAGAUGUCCUGCAAGGUGUCCGAGCUCAACCAGCUAUGUGCCAUGGCAGAGGUGGACAUGAUCCGGCUGCAGCUCAAACUGCAGGGUAGCGUCAGCGUCAAGGUGAAUGCAGGGCCCAUGGCCUAUGCCCGAGCCUUCCUGGAAGAGAAAAAUGCCAAGAAAUACCCUGACAACCAAGUCAAACUGCUCAAGGAGAUUUUCAGGCAGUUUGCGGAGGCGUGCGGCCAGGCGCUGGACGUCAACGAGCGGCUGAUCAAGGAGGACCAGCUGGAGUACCAGGAGGAGAUGAGGGCCCACUACAGGGACAUGCUCACCGAGCUCUCCACUGUCAUGAACGAGCAGAUCCCUCACACAAGACCACCAGGAACAGAACGACACAGCGCCUUCUGAGCAGCCAGUAGGCAUGCUGGAAUCUGCCAAUGCCCAGGAGGACACGUUUCCCCAAAAUGGCUCCUGAUGACAGACGUCGUUCUUCCUCCUGCCAGGAAUUAUACAGGAAGGAGCGGGGGACUGGAACUGUGACUUUAUGGGACCUGGAAAAAAGGGAAUUGGAUGGGGAAGUCCAGAAGUCUGCAGACUUUGAUCAUGGUAGUCUGGAGUUGUGGUAGUAUGGCGUCCAGUCCUGGUGAUGAUGAUGAUGUCCAGUAGACCAGGUUGCUGUACUGUUACUUUGUUUUGUUUUUGCUCAAUCCAUGUUUUCGCUCCCCUGCCGACCGUCUCAUCUCCUUACUCUGUACACAUACACACACAGACAACACACGCCUUCUCUCCCCAGCCCCGUUCCUUUAGAAAAUGGUGACCUUAAUGAGCUCGAGGUGCGUUCAACCGAGCAAACGUUUGGUUGUAAUUCUGGCCACAACCAUGUCGAUCCUAAUUUGUCCAUAUUCUGUUGGUUAUCUUUAUGCCGCAAAUGUUUGCCACCUGUGUGGUUAGCUAUUGUAAAAUGACAGUUCAAGGAAUUCUAUAAAGGAAAUUAGGGUCACAUUCAGUAGUCAAACAUUGUUGAAUGUUGCAGAUAGAAAUAGCAUGAAUACAGCCAACAUGAUUACUUCCUCUAUAAGGCAGAGAGUCAUGUUUGUUCCACAUCAUUUAUUUCUAUCAGAAUGUUCCACAUCGUUGUGUCCUGCUGAACAGAUUGACAUGUAGCCGAAUUCUUAUUUGAUUGAACACACCUCUAGUUCCUGUUUGAAUGUAGAACAACUCUCGUAUAGCUACUUUGUAUCCUAACAUUCUGGAAUUCCCAGCUCACAAAUUUUCAAAUGGAAAGUUUAUGUUUUAUAACAUUUUUAUUAUUGAUAAUGUUGUUAUUAUUUACUGUACUGUUUUAAAUUGUAAAUAAGAAUUAAUAUUUAAAAAAAUAUAUGAUUUUUUGUUUGGCUAAAUAAAAAAAAGAAUG